AUGUGGGGCUGGGAGCAGUUGUACUUCAACGUAAAAGAUGGAUACCUUGAGGCGAUCGUCCGGGGGCACAAAUCAGGCCUGCUUUCAGUGCCUGAUUACAACAACUUGACACAAUGCGAGGCGCUGGAUGACAUCAAGCUCAACCUGGUGCGGCAGCAGCAGCAGCCUCCUACGGCAACGGAUUAUGGCGCGUACCUGGCCAAUGAGGCGUCCCCAUUGUUUACUUCGACCAUCGUGGACCGCUGCACGCGCAAGCUGGUAGACGACUGGAACAUGAUGCGCUGCCAGGCCGACGAGAAGCUGGCAAAGUUCCUGGACUUUUGCACAUACGGUCACAUGAUCGACAACGUGGUGCUGAUCGUCACGGGGACGCUGCACGAGCGCGACGUGCAGGAGCUGCUGGACAAGUGCCACCCCCUGGGCAUGUUUGACAGCAUCGCGACGCUGGCCGUGGCCCAGAACAUGCGGGAGCUGUACCGCCUGGUCCUGGUGGACACCCCACUCGCGCCGUACUUCAGCGAGAACCUCACGCACGAGGACCUGGACGAGAUGAACAUCGAGAUCAUGAGGAACACGCUCUACAAGGCCUACCUGGACGACUUUGCGGCCUACUGCACGCAACUGGGCGGCACCACGGCGGAGGUCAUGACAGACCUCCUGGCGUUCGAGGCUGACCGCCGCGCGCUCAACAUCACGCUCAACUCCAUCGGCACCGAGCUGACGCGCGACGACCGCAAGAAGCUGUACUCCAACUUUGGCCUGCUGUACCCCCACGGCCACAACGAGCUGUCCAUCGCCGAGGACUUUGACCAGAUCCGCGCGGCCAUGGAGAAGGUCCCGGCGUACGCGUCGCUCUUCAACAAGCUGGGCUACGGCGAGAGCCAGAUGCUGGAUAAGCUGCUGUACGAGGAGGAGGUCAAGCGCUGCGCCGCCUGCUACGAGCAGCAGUUCCACUACGGCGUGUUCUACUCCUACAUGAAGCUGCGGGAGCAGGAGAUCCGCAACAUCAUGUGGGUCAGCGAGUGCGUGGCGCAGGACCAGAAGAGCCGCGUCAACGACGGCAUCGUGUUCCUGUUCUGA